UUCUUUCCAUCUUUAGCUAUCGGUGGUGGCGAGACUGUCCUUCGCAGCGGAGCGCAUGAAUACCCAUUCAGAACCCGGUUUCCAGAAGGAAAUUUCCCGUCAUCAUUUCAAGGGGUUCAUGGCAGAGUUUUCUAUGCUUUGGUAGUUCAGAUACACAGACCGUGGCAUUUGGCCAAGGAGUUCCGGUCGGAAUUGAAUUUUGUUAGCCACAUAGACGCCAACCAUCCACAACUGCUGGCGCCACUGUCAGCUUCCAAUGACAAGGAGCUGUGUUGCCUCUGCUGCACCUCAGGGCCCAUCUCCAUGAAUUGUCGUCUGGACAGGAAGGGUUACGUCCAAGGAGAAAUGAUUCAGAUCAUCGCAGAGUUCGAGAAUGCCUCUUCCCGUACGCUUGUUCCCAGGGCAACGCUCGUACAGACGCAGACCUUCUACACGUACUCCAGGUUAUCAAAGAGAUGUGUUCCUAAAAACCUUGUCAAAGUCGAGGGAACACCUGUCAUGCCCCAUCGUUCAGGAGUGUGGGGCAACCAAAUGCUGCAGAUACCUGCCAAUAUCCCCCUCACCAUCUCAAACUGCCAGAUUCUGGAGGUGGACUACUUUUUGAUGGUUAGUCUGUGUAUUCCAAAUGGAACCAACCUCAGUGUCAUUUUCCCUCUGAUAAUGUGCUCUAUUCCUGUGUGUCGUCCUCCUGCUUAGACACAGUCUGCUACAGUCUUCUUAAAACUUCACAAAUUGCCAUGGAAAUGAGACUGCUGCCAUCCUCAAUCCCUGAAUGGGUGUGUGCCUUUUUUUAGUGUCAUUUUUGAGGUUGUGGGGGUUAUGGGAUAGCACCACUUUACAUUUAUGUCAGGUGUUUACAGACUCUUUACAAUUUCAGGAUUACAUUUCUGUCUGAGGUAUUUUUAUUUCUGGCAUUUUUGUAUUUUGUACCGUCGGGUGCCUGGUUUAAUACUCAGAACAACUGACCUGCAUAAAUCAGGUGUUACAGUUUUUAUUUACUUUUAAGCUGUUCGAAGCGCUUCCGUCUCCUAUCACUGUGCCUUAUCUGAGCUGAGGUCAGAGUAGCACUACAGAAGCACCUUUCUGUAACGAAAGGUCUCAUAUUUGAUUAUUAAAUAUUAACUGCCAAUAUUUUAUUCUUUUGAGUGUUGUUAAAUUUAUCUUUAAAAAUGUUUUUUAUUUCACAUAUACAGUAAGAAAUACCUGUACUUUUCUACAUUAUAUUAUGAAAGUUAUUUGUUCUAUAAAGGUAUAAAACAAGGAUAUUAUUUCACAAUAAUAGCUCAAAUGUUUUCUAUUGAGAGCAUCUGCUAUAUGUUUAUAUGUCUGCUAUAUGUUUGCUAUAUGUUUAUGUUGCCUCUUAUUGGAUGUAACAAACUGCCUUGACUUGGGUUUGGGUAGGACGAUUGACAUUUGCAGUAUUUUAGCAUGUAGGGGACACCCUUCACUGUCUCUAAUGUUGGCCUUGUUCUAACCUCAUUCUUAACUGCCAUGAACAUCUUUUUUAACCCUGUUGUGAUCCUAACACGGACAGUCAUCUGUGUGAGAUUACUCUUUGCCUAGUGAGACUAAGCUUUAACACAAUUGUAAUAGUUUACACAGUGUUUUGUUUAUACUGUAAGUGAUGAUUUUCAGUCUGCCAUGUUUUUAUCCGGUUCAACGUGUGGAUGAAAUGCAGAUACAUAUUGCAUUUCAAUAUGUAUCUGCAUUUUUUUUAAAAGAGAAAUUCUGGUAGCAAGAUGUGUGACUGUUCGGUGUAGAAAUUUUAUAUAAGGUUUUUUUUAACCUUGGUCUUUUUUUCAUAAUAUUUUUUUUUAUCAAUCCUAUCAGUUCUGAUAGUAUUUUAAGCAACUACUUCAUUGUCAAGUUUUGGCUUUUUCAACAUUUUUUUUCCUCUGUCAGUAUCUUCACUGCAGAGCCUAGGGAUUUGGAUUUUCAGAAUUAUCUUAUAAAGGAAAUCCACUUUAAAGUUAAAACACCUUCACUAGGAGCUUACUAGAGAAAUCAACUCUUCUGUGCCAACUGCAGUAGACAUCAUUCCGUCCAUCGUUGCACUGAAAUGUCUCCUAAAAUAAAGCGCUGGCACGGGAUUGGCUGAUUUGGCUUUCAAAAAUCGGUAACCGGAAUUGGCCAUAGAAAUGAAUGAUCGGUGCACCCUUAUCCACAAGUAUUUGGACCGUGACAAGUUUUGUUGUUUUGGCUCUGUAUUCAAAAACAAAAAUUAUUACUGUCCAAAUCCUUAUAGACUGCACUGUCUGUGUGGUUCGGUGAUGAAGGCAAAUUGUGUGUGUUUAUUUAUUUGUGUGUGUGUGUUCUGUGAAGAGCUUGACCCAAUAGCCUUUAUCUAGUGUAUAUAUUUACAUUUUCUAUUGCAUCAUAUACAGUAACAUGACCUAAUGGGGGCAACAUAGCUCAGGAAGUAAGAGCUGCUGUCUGGCAGUCGGAGGGUUGCCGGUUCGA